GAUGCUGGAAUUUUUCGACAGAACAGAAACUAGAACAAAUUAUCCCAAUACUUUUAGAAUAACUAACCUUAUUCUUUACACCCUCAUCAUUAUCCACUGGAAUGCUUGCUUCUUCUUUCAAGUGUCGGCUUGGAUUGGUUUCGGAUCCGACGACUGGGUUUACUUCAGUAUCAACGAAACACUCUACCCCGACAACGCCAGUCUCAGCCGAAUGUAUAUCUACUCAUUCUACUGGUCGACUCUCACGUUAACAACGAUUGGAGAAACGCCCCGACCGGAGCGGGACGUCGAAUACGUCUUUGUAGUUUUAGAGUUUCUAAUCGGCGUUCUAAUCUUUGCUACAAUCGUCGGUAACGUCGGUAGCAUGAUUUCGAAUAUGAACGCCUCAAAAGCGGAAUUUCAGCAGAGAAUGGACGGAGUUAAACAAUAUAUGGAGUUUCGACGGGUUAGCAAAGACCUGGAAAGCAGAGUAAUAAAAUGGUUUGAUUAUCUAUGGACGGAGAAACAGUCCGUAGACGAACAGCAAAUUCUUGCCGCUCUUCCAGAAAAACUCAGAGCUGAAAUAGCUAUGCACGUCCACUUGGAUACGCUUAAGAGGGUUGCAAUAUUUCAAGAUUGCGAACCCGGAUUACUCGUCGAACUCGUUCUCAAAUUGAAACUAUCCGUCUUUAGUCCUGGUGACUACAUUUGCAGAAAAGGGGAUAUUGGGAAGGAAAUGUAUAUCGUUAAAAGAGGCAAGUUAAGCGUUGUUGGUGACGACGGAAAAACUGUAUUUGUAACGCUUAGCGACGGAUCAGUCUUCGGAGAAAUAUCAAUUCUAAAUAUUGCCGGCAAUAAAACUGGCAAUAGAAGAACAGCCAAUGUUAGAUCUAUAGGCUAUUCAGAUUUAUUUGUCUUAUCUAAAGACGAUCUAUGGGAUGCCUUAACCGAAUAUCCCGAAGGGAAAAAGGUUCUAAUGGAGAGGGGAAAGCAAAUCCUCAUGAAAGAUAAUCUUAUUGACGAAGAGGCUGCUAGAAAGGCUGAACAAGAGCAGGAAUCAGUCGAUCUCAAGGUUGAUAGAAUUCUAACGGAUCUUGAUAAUUUACAAACCCGAUUCGCUCGUCUUAUGGCCGAAUUCCAAUCGACUCAGUCGAAACUCAAACAACGAGUAACAAAAUUAGAAAAGAAACACGAAAAUGAUGGCCAAUCAAACUUGAGUACUUUAUUAAGGGAUGUUGAUAAUGCGAUGGCUGACGAUUUAAAAGAUAGCCAACCGAGAACGUCGAGAUCAAAGUCCGUUUCGCUAAACAUCGAAAAUCAAAGGAAUUAG